AUGCAAGACAAGACAUAUUUGCGGCGCAGCAUCAAUGGCAGGAUGAUACGUGACCCUCAGCCGUCGCUUGUUUCAGCCGCGGAUGAGAUGAUCACAACGGCGGUGAUGACAAUAGUACUCCACAGACCCUGCCAAGCCAGAAAUACGCCGUACAGAUGCACUGCACCGAAUUCGUCGGCGGCCUUGCCGUUCGACGACCAGCAACAGGAAGAAGGCAACCUAGCUUAUGCAGGUAAACAAAGAGAGAAAUCUGAAUGGGGCAACAGCCGCCCAGGGAGCGUUGAUCUGCCAAUGAAAGGCCCCGGGAAAAGUCACAUGACCAUUCUGCGCUGCGGGCUCCCCAGGAUUUUGCACAUUGUGUCACAAGCCAGAAUUCUCGCCAGGUAACGUUCAUGACUGAGGGCGGUAACCGUAUGUAUGUACGGAGUACAGGACAUCUUAGCUAUACAAUACGGCAUGGGUAUGCUUUCUGUAAAGUUACCUGCGUACGUGCGCCGCACGACGACGCGCACCAGUCAGAGUGCCCAGGAGCACUCCCGGUCUCGACAGCCGUUGACAGGCAUCUCGAGCAGGUCAUAUGGCAGCGAUCGAAGGUGAAGCGAUAUUUCCACGGUGCAUCGCAACGAUCGACCGCAAGCCAUCUGGAAACUUUAGAUAGCGAAUAUCACUUUCUUCUAGCGGACUUCGAUUCCGUCUCUGAUUUCUCCGGCCAUCUCGCUUCACGAGCC